AUGGCGAGUCACCCGGAUGCCCUCUACUUGACAAUAAUCCCUUACGGGGCGACUGUUCGUCGAGCCCACAAGAAAUCCCGGGCGGGCUGCUAUACAUGCAAGGUCCGUCAUGUCAAGUGCGGAGAGGAGAAGCCUCAAUGUGACAACUGCGUGUCGAAGGGAAAGGACUGUCAGUAUUCAGCAUCAAACAAACGACGGAUCAAGAAGCAAGGGAAGGCCACGGAGGUCAAGCAAUCUUCGCUAGGGACAACCGUCGAGAUGUCAAUGGCCUCUGCAUCUUUCACGCUGCACGAUCUACGGCUGUUCCACCACUUCCUCUGCUUCGCCUACCCUCCACUGCCACUGGCCAAUAAGUUAGCUUGGACGCAAGACGUACCUCAACUCGGUCAUCAUUCGGAGCACCUGAUGAAUGCUUUGUUGGCUCUAGCAGCUUCACACUUGAACACGUUGACCAGCGUGGACGAUGACAAGUGCACUGCGUUAUUAUACAAGGGCCGUGCAAUAUCAGGUCUGAAGAAUGCGUUCGCCAAAUCCCAUCACUCGUCAAUCGAGUACGAUGUGAUGCUGGCAACUUGCUACGCCUUGGCUUUUCAGUCCACUCUUCUGCCUGGCUCAGCCGUCGACUUUGCAACCUUUGUCCGAGGUUGUGCCCUUAUUACGAGACAAAUCGGAGAUGAGGGAAAAGAGUCGGUCUUUGAUAUCCCGUCUAAUUCAAGUUUCUCCCCAAUGCAACGGACAUCCUCGUCGAAACUCAAUGCCGAAUGUCUGACUCCCGGCACUCGCUCACAGGUGCUGCUUUCCAAGGGCCUGGCAUCGCUUCUUGCAGCUCACGAGUGUAUUGCACACACAGGAACUGGGCAAAAUUUGUUUAGAGCCCUUGAAACGACAUUGUCCGGGUUCCAAGUAUCUCCCAGUGAAGGGUAUGACCGGUUUUUCAGCUGUUACGCCGUUUGGUUCAAGCUUGCAGAACCCAAGGACAUCUUCUCCCCGGACGCAGUCAACGAGGCGGCGUUCCUGCUUUGGGCCUUCUUCAUCGGUGUCCAGCUAUUCAUCACAAUGCUAGUGGUGAAAAUGACUGGGUGUGGGAUGAAAGGGGACCGCGUAGCAGGGCUCGAUCAUUCCGAUGGCCCUGCAAAGAUGAUCAAAAUGACCGAAUGGCUCUGCGCCAUCGAGAUCAUUACACCUACUCACCUGCGGAAACAUCUUGCCUGGCCGGCACUUGUCUCGGGCGAGGUGCUCUCUGGGCUGCAUAUGUCGACGGUGUCGAAGACUCUGGUUGAAACGAAGGUAGAGGUGCUUCGCAACCUGGAUUCUCGCUCAAACAAUGCGUUGGGAACCCUACUGGAACUGUCUGCGAGUCUAGCCAACUGGACCGAAGACCUCCUUGCAUCACAAAGUGGCCCUGGAGGGAACAGCGGUGCAAAGGAAGGGUGGCGGACACCACAGACCCAGAUAGCCUUUGGGAUUCUAGACCGAUAG